AGGGGCGGGCGACAGCUUCAUGGCCUUGAGCUAUCGGCGGGCAGGAUAUCGGUUAAAGGGGCGAGCGGCAGCGGCAGCGGCGCUAGUGUCAGUGUGUGAGGGACGGCGAGCGGUGAUGGUUACCCCGGACGCCCAGCGACUCCGCCCGAACCCGACGCCUUCUCGCAGCCCCAGAGCGGCGGCCGUGACCGCGACGCCCGGCACCGGGGCCUCGACGAGACCCGUUUGGGCCUGAGCAUCCAAUCUAGAGUCCUGCUUCAGUGACCCAUAGCUGCAGUAAGUCGAGUCUUCCACAAUGAAGCUGUUGGAAAAUACUAGUUUUGAGGCUAUCAACUCUCAGCUUGCCAUAGAAACCGGUGAAUCUCGCAUAAUAGGCCGGAUAGAGAGUUAUUCCUGUAAAAUGGCAGGAGAUGACAAGCAGAUGUUUAAACAGUUCUGCCAGGAUGGACAGCCACAUGUCCUAGAAGCUCUUUCCCCACCUCAGACCACUGGAGUAAGCCCAAACCGUUUGAGCAAGAGCCAAAGUGGGGACGAAGGAGAGGGGCCGCUCUGUGACAAGUGUAGCCGCAAGACGCUCUUCUACCUGAUUGCAACGCUCAAUGCAUCGUUCCGCCCCGAUUAUGACUUCAGCACGGCAAAAAGCCACGAGUUUAGCAAAGAGCCCAGCUUGAACUGGGUGGUGAAUGCUGUGAACACCAGCCUGGUUUCUGCUGUGGGAGAAGAGUUUAACACUUUGAAGCCUCAGCUGUGGGAUGCUGUUGAUGAAGAGAUCUCUCUCUCGGAGUGCGACAUCUACAGCUACAACCCUGAUCUGGACUGUGACCCUUAUGGAGAAGAGGGCAGCCUCUGGUCGUUCAACUAUUUCUUCCACAACAAGAGGCUGAAGAGGAUUGUAUUUUUCACUUGUCGCUCCGUCAGUGGGUACUUGUACAGUCAGUGCACUGAAAUCAGCAACAACUUUGACAUGGACCUGGACAAUGAGGAGUCUCUGGAUCAGGAUCCAGACGAGGAGGAUGAGGAUGAAGCAGAGGCCUUGGAAGAGACCAGGUACCAAACGGUGUGCGUCUAAGCGCCACGCCGAUCACCUUCCCUGCAACACCAUCUGCUUCCUUCAACCUUCAGACUGACUGCUUCAAUGGAGCUGAAUGUGAGACCAGCACUUAAAUCUCAGGCGUUAAAACCUCUAACCUGUGGCUUCCAAGAGGAAUUGCACCUGAAGCUUUGCGGGCCUUGUUUUGUUCUGGAGUGGCUUAUCCCAGCACUGCAGGGGCGGAUGGAUCUCCGAGUGUGGUCUCCAUUGCUGACCUUCAUCUGGUGUCAACAAGCUCAGUGUGAAACACAGUGAGCAAGCGAGGUCAACGUUUCUCGUGCAAGCAUCAAGUGUGCGCUCCCUGAUGUUCCAUGGAUCAGGGUACAACUAGUCCCUGGCAGGCCACAAACAUUGUCUAGGAUCCAUCCCAUUGAGACACCGCUCACUGAGUCGGCACGCCACUGACUUCCUGGGGCCUCAGCAGAGCUUACGGAGUGGCAACUUGCACUGCUGGUGGGGAAAGUGGCCGGUGCUAACAGUCUGGAGCAGAUCUCACUUCCAAACAACAGAUUUAUCAUUUCGCCGUUCUGCUUCUGAAGCGGUUGUGCUUUCUGCUAAUCUCUCUGCCUCCUUCAUCCGACAGGGCGGUUCACCUUUCAGAUGGUUCUUCCAGGUCAUCAGACUAGACGGCCACCUGGUUUUACUCUGGCUGGGUUCCACUUCUGGACUAGAGCUCUAACAUGAGCAGAGCCUUGCUGUCUCGUCCUGUUCAGUCCUUUCUACAAUUUUUUGGUUUACAAAAAUACAAAUUGUUGUACAAUAAAUCCUUUUAAUGAGUAUGCUACUAAAAUAUAUUUUUGUUCUUUGCACCAACUAUUAAAGAAACAUGUUUUGGUUUUAAUUAGAA